AGGGGGGAGAGCUGCGCAGCUGCGGUGCGCACGGGCUCCGCCGCCAGCAGCAGGAGCGGCGGCAGCACUAGUACUACCGCCUCCCUCCUCCCGCUCCUGCUCCCGACCGGGGGGCCGGGGCAGCGCUCCGCGGGCACCAACUACUGCAAAGUCCCCGCGACCCCCCCGGCGGCUCGUGGCGGGCGCCCAGCAUGGCCUCCGAGGAACUCUACGAGGCAGGUGGAGCCCCACUUCUCCCUGAAUUUGGACAUCUACCCAUGGAGGUAGAGAAAAUUGUUGACAAGAGAAAAAACAAGAAGGGAAAAACAGAAUAUUUAGUACGAUGGAAAGGAUACGACAGCGAAGAUGACACCUGGGAACCAGAACAGCACCUUGUGAAUUGUGAGGAAUAUAUACAUGAAUUUAAUAGACGCCACAACGAAAAGCAAAAGGAAAGCACAUUAACCCGGACAAAUAGGACCUCUCCUAAUAAUGCCAGAAAACAAAUAUCUAGGUCUACCAAUAGUUCUUUUUCAAAGACAUCUCCUAAAUCUUUGGUGAUUGGUAAAGACCAUGAGUCAAAAAAUAAUCAAUUGUUCACUGCCACACAGAAGUUUCGGAAAAACAAUUCACCAUCUCUUUCUGGCAGGAAAAAUAUGGACCUUGCAAAAUCAGGUAUCAAAAUCCUUGUGCCCAAAAGUCCCAUUAAGAGCAGGACAGCAGUUGAUGGCUUUCAGAAUGACAGCCCUGAUAAAUUGGACCACAUAGAGCAGGAUCAAGAAGACUCUGUAGCACCAGAAGUAGCAGCAGAAAAACCAGUGGGAGCUUUAUUAGGACCUGGUGCAGAGCGUGCUAGGAUGGGGAGCCGGCCAAGGAUACAUCCACUAGUGCCACAGCUACCAGUGCCAGUAACAGCCACAAUUGCAUCAGCAUUAACAAUAAAUGGAAAAGCAUCUCCCUGUAUUCUUCCCAGUGUUCUUUACUUCCUAUUUUCUUGUACAUCCACUUUUAUGGAAGCAUUAGCAGCCAAUGGUACCACCAACCUCCAAACAUCUGUAACAGGAGUGACAGCCAGCAAACGAAGAUUUAUUGAUGAUCGGAGAGACCAGCCUUUUGAUAAGAGGCUACGCUUCAGUGUGAGACAAACAGAAAGUGCUUACCGGUACAGAGACAUUGUUGUCAGGAAACAAGAUGGAUUCACACACAUUUUGCUAUCAACAAAAUCAUCUGAGAACAAUUCGCUAAAUCCAGAGGUUAUGAAGGAAGUCCAAAGUGCACUGAGUACAGCAGCUGCAGAUGACAGUAAACUUGUGCUGUUCAGUGCAGUUGGUAGUGUCUUCUGCUGUGGUCUUGAUUUUAUUUAUUUUAUACGACGUUUAACAGAUGAUAGAAAAAGGGAAAGCACUAAGAUGGCAGAAGCUAUUCGGAAUUUUGUGAAUACUUUUAUCCAGUUUAAGAAACCCAUUAUUGUAGCAGUAAAUGGCCCAGCCAUUGGACUUGGAGCAUCCAUACUGCCUCUCUGUGAUGUGGUUUGGGCUAAUGAGAAGGCUUGGUUUCAGACACCAUACACUACUUUCGGACAGAGUCCGGAUGGAUGUUCAUCCCUCACAUUCCCUAGGAUAAUGGGCUUGGCUUCUGCAAAUGAAAUGUUGUUCAGUGGAAGGAAGCUGACUGCACAGGAAGCUUGUGCAAAAGGACUAGUCUCUCAAGUGUUUUGGCCAGGGACAUUUACACAGGAAGUCAUGGUUCGAAUUAAGGAACUCGUCACAUGUAAUUCAGUUGUACUUGAAGAAUCCAAAGCUUUAGUCCGUAAUGUCAUGAAGGUGGACUUAGAACAAGCAAAUGAAAAGGAGUGUGAAGUUUUAAAGAAAAUCUGGGGCUCUGCACAAGGGAUGGACUCUAUGUUAAAAUACCUGCAGAGGAAAAUUGAUGAGUUCUGAUGAAAUGCACAUUGACACUGGAAUUUGUAUUUGCUUGGACAGCUAAGGGCACAGAGAGGCCCAAAUUAAUUUUGAAAACCUAAUAUAAACUCACCCAUAGCUCAGAGCUUGGGAAUAGGAUUAGAAAAACCCACUUUUUAUUGAUGGGGGUUUUAAAGUACUGUAUCUUAAAAAAAAAUGAACAAAAUUCCUUUCUCCCUAUAUAUAUAUAUAUCUUUAUAUACACAAACUAAAAUUAUAAUGGAGUGCACUACCAAACAUCUCUUUGAUGCUCUAGUUUUUUGUUAUCAUUGGCUAGUACUGUAUCAAAAAUGGGGAAAAAGUGAAAUAUGUUGCAUUAUUUUCUAUGUGGCAGGGAAGUCUGGAAUAAUGAUUUUUCAUUAGAAUGCAGAAUCAAAACGGGUAUUAGCCAGCCCUUACUUUCACUGCCCAACCAGUUAGUUAAGACAUAAGGCAUUGUCUAAGAAGAAGGUUGAAAUACCUCAAAUAAUGAAACAUUCUAAAUAAUUUUUGUUUGAGAAUUAAAACCUGUAAUGAAAGUUUUAAUCACCUACAUGUCCCGAAAAAAUGAGUGUGCUCAGGAUUUAUGCUAAGGAAACACUCUGUCCUUUUUUGGGAGGGAACAUGUCUAAUUCUUACCCAGAUAGCAUGAAGAAACCACUGUCUCUUAUGGGGGGUGGGGGGAGGAGAAAAAAAGCUUGUUUUGCAGUAUUAGUGAAUCACUGAAUAUCUUAUAUAUGAAUAUCCUAAGUUAUAAGUUAGUUUUAGUGGGUUUUUAAAUAGUCUUUCUGAUUUUUUUAUAACUACAUAAGUGCUUCUGUUGCUGGGUGAGAAUACUACUUUAUAUACAGUUUUUUUUCCUAUUUGCUGGUUUAAUUGAUGUAUUACACCAAAAAUGCAUUUUAUGUUCAUAAAUUUUUAGGUUCACUUAGAAUAUAUUAUUUAAUAAGUUAAAAUUCUUUUGGCACACUAUUAAGUACAAAAAACUCCUUUAAAAAACUACCUUAUAUUAGAUGUUUAAUGUUCUUUGUCUAUGCUUUUUUAUUAUUUUAAAUAUACACUAUAUAAACAGUAUGGUGUAAAAGAGUGCCCAGUGUAAAUAGACCUAUUUUGCAUUCCUUUCAGGAGUGAUUACUGAUUCCUGACUGCAGAUAUCUAUUAUUACUUGGGUAUCUGCACUUGCAAUCUUAUUGAAUGUAUUAUGAAGAAUGAAAAAAUAUCAAACCUUAUUUUUGUACAGUUUUGAAGUUUAUACUUGGAACUGACCACCUGCCCUUCCUAGUGGAGAGCUGUACAGUGUGUAAAUCUGCCUUUACCUUUGAUUGGUACAGUAUUUUUGCAUCUGUGGGACCUACUUUUUUGUUCUAGUAGUUUGAACUAUAUAUAAACUGUACAAUCUGUAAAGUUUUUAUAGAAUAAAUAUUCAGCUGUGAAAACUGGUUAAAAUAAAACUAAUAUUUCUUAACACAUUUUAAA